CUCCUGUUCCUCUACUUGGUUUCCACUGGGCAUGUAUUCCUCUUUGCAUCAAAGAAAGAGGGAGACCUUGGGGCCAAAGCCAGCGAUUAUUGGACACAGAGGAGCUCCUAUGCUGGCCCCCGAAAAUACGUUGAUGUCGUUUGAAAAAACCAUUGAGCACGGUGGGGACGGUUUGGAGACGGACGUCACCAUCAGUUUGGACGGCGUUCCGUUCCUCUUGCACGAUCCAACUCUGAAGCGGACAACCGAUAUAGAGGAGGUGUUCCCUGGCAACCAGAGUCGGAAUGCUGCCUUCUUCCCCUGGCACCAACUUGCCCAACUCAAUGCUGGGAAAUGGUUCCUGGAGGACAAUCCGUUUGGAACCAAGCGCUUGUUGUCGGUGGCAGACAGGUGGAAGGCAGGCAGGCAGGGGCUGUGUAAGCUCACCGACCUGCUUGCCCUAGCGGCUACACACAGCAAGCUGGUCAUCUUCGACCUGUACCGUCCACCCAGGUCACACCCGUACCGUGACAGCUUCAUCAAGCAGACCAUCUCUGCCAUCCAGGACAGUGGCAUCAACCAGAACCUGAUCCUGUGGCUUCCCAACCCCCUCAGGCCAAUCGUGCAGCAGAAGAUGCCAGGGUUCAUCCACAUCUACGGAGGGAAGCAGCCUGUCAGAGACCUGCAGAUGGACAGGAUCACCAGACUUAAUGUCCGCUACAGUGAGCUCUCCCACAGGGAGAUCAGGAUGUACUCUGCAGCCAACAUCAGCACCAACCUGUACGUGGUGACUGAGCCGUGGAUCUUCUCGCUGGCCUGGUGCUCCGGUGCCCACUCGGUCAUCACCAAUGACCCCCAGAGGCUGAGGGAACUCGGCCAGCCCUGCUUCCUCAUGACCCCCUUCCAGUACAAAGCGAUGUGGGUUUCAUCAGACAUCGUUUCAGCCGUGUUGGUGAUGCUGAUCUUUAUAUUCCACUGGUGGAGGGAAAACGGAUUUGCCUGCCAUGCGAGCGUGGGGAGGAGGGAUAAAGGGAUUUACAGCAAGUUCCGAACAGAGAUGAACAAUGUGUGGUCUGUUUCCGAGGCCGAGCCCAUUGCCAUCCAGCCCGGCAACAACUCAGCCAGUCCCCCAACAUCGGCAGUCCCAGGCCACGUUUAGACAACUCCCUGUGGACUGGAGCUGGACAAUAUUCGGCAGGGAGGUGUGCGGUGGUCUUCUGCCUGGAGGGAAUGUGGGGACAAGGAGAGGAGGUCGACCAUCCGAACACUCGAAGGGAACUAGGUCAUCCCACGUGGACGGAUACAUGGAAGGGGAAGGUUUAUCGAGUCGUACAGCAUUGAAACAGGCCCUUCGGCCCAACUCGCCUAUGCCAACCCACAUGUCCCACCUGCACUCGUCCCACCUGCCUGCAUUGGGCCCAUAUCCCUCGAAACCUCUUCCAUCCAUGUACCUGUCCGGAAUGUUGGGAUAGUCCCAGCAUCAACCACUUCCUCCAGCAGCUCGUUCCAUAAACCCACCACCCUCUGUGUAAAAUAAU